AUUUACCCCACCUUACUGAACUAGCAGAGCCGCCAGCGAACCUCGGUGGCAAUGUGAUGCUUCCGCUCUCAGAGCAGCAAAAAAAGCUGGCCUCAUGCAAUGCAUGGAUGCGACUGCAUGGUUGUCUCAUGCCAACGGGGGUAUACUUAUUAUUGGAGAGACAGUCUUAAACUUGUUAACGGUAUUAGAAGCCACCCGAUCCUGUUGUGAAAGCCUUAGUUAGAACUGUCACACAAUAGAAGACUUCAGUUUCUAUAGGAGACAAGCCCGCUGCACACGAGAUUGUCACUCGAUCGCUGUGCUUUUUGGCCUGAUCCACACGUGCGGUCCAGUAGAAAAUACAGAUCACAAUGACGCUUUCAUCUGCAGAGAGGCCGAAAUAUGAGAGAGAAGUAGAUGUGGACAGUGUAUUCUUGGUUGAAGAAGAUCUCAAUGAUGGCACGCCUAAAAGCAAAUAUAUUGAGAUCCCGCCGGGGAGUAGAUCCCGAUCAUCCAACAAUGUCACUUUCUCAUCAUCUGCCACCUCAAAUGCUGGGACUUCUUCCAUUUUGGAAAGUUUCACACCCAAGGAUAUCGAGGAGCUUGCGCAACUGCUAAAACCUGCCAUAAUUGGUCAUACUGAUACUGAUGCUGAUGAUGACGACCAUGAUGAGAUGGAAUUUGAUUUUGAUUUGAAACCUGCGGCACAAAAGGAAGAAGCUGCCUUAAUGUCCAGCAUGUACAUGUCCAAACGAGAUAUAGAGACGUUUUUCAAUGAAAAGGAGAAGGAGGAGAUAGAAUGGCACAAUCCCUAUGGUGAAAGCACCUACUCUCUCUUUUACUUGUGUCCUGUCAACAGUUUUGCAUUCUGGUAUGCUGCAUUUGUCUAUUUCCUUCAGAUCACGACAAUUUUGCUGACAAUGAUUGAUGUCAUCGACUGGGAUGGCACUACUGGGCUCAACUUGCCCCCCAUGGUCGAUGUGAGUGUCACAAUUGCUCAAGGAGUCGCGCUUUUCCAAGCCGUUGCUUUCCAAUCAGACCUCAUUGGGGCAGUCUCCAAAUUCAAAGAAGGUUUUCACCACGAAGUACUGAAAGAGCAUCCAGGCGCUACCUAUGCCACUUGGUUUUUGUCCUGUACCGCUGAGCUCUUUGCGGGCUCUCUUCUGCUUGUGACAAUCUUUGUAUUGAUUAUGCAAGUUGACACAGUCUUGGAUAUUAUGCUCAACUUUGCUGCACUUGAAUUCAUGGCCAACAUUGACGAUGUGGCGUUCUCCCUUGCCAAAACUGGUUUCAUUGGGAACCGCCUUCAAGGGGCUGCCAAUAAUGUAGCAACCUUUCGAGUUCGAAAGAGACCAGCUUCAGAUCAAGGAUUUCUACAAAGAUCUUGGAAGGCAGGGGUGUUCUUCCUUGUUCUUCUUAUUUUGGUUGCUGGAUGGGUGACUAUUGUGGCCUUUAGAACUUCAGGCCAAUACAUGUGCAACACCAUCAUUGUGAAUAUGGGAGAUGAAUUUGUUCCCUCCCUAGGAACGUUCAACGGAUUAUACGAUUUGGAUUCCUCUGCAGGCUCGGGGCUGGAGUGGCGUGCGGAAUAUGUGGAGCGACGCUCUUUGGAGAUUGAUACUCCUGGUCGAGGUAUCUUUGGCUACUGUAGUGACAUCAAAGCUUGGACAUUUCGAGUGGAAUCAAGGGGCAGCAAUGAGAAGGGAGACCCCUGUGACUGGAUUGCCAGAUCCUCUGAAACCGAUGCUUAUGAUAUCACAGAGGCAGUGGCAAGCCCAUGGUUUGUCCGCGAUGACUCAUUUCGGGAGGUUGUGCUGGAGCCUUUCAGUGUCUUCUGCUUUGACUGCACCAAAGAGGAUGCAGAAGGAAGCGAUGACUGUGGUGGGAAGGGAACCUGCAGCAAUGCUGUCUGUGACUGUGAAGAUGGUUGGUACGGGCUCCGAUGUGAGUUUGUCAGCCCCUGCCCUUGGAUCACCAUUGAUGCUCGGACUGACAAGUUUGCCAGUACCAGGGAUUGGGCAGACAAUUUCCAAUCGAUUGACUUGGGGAAUGGGGCAUUGGUGGAAGCUCACCACCGACCAGUCUACAUCCAUGAAUACAGUGAUGGGGAAUAUGAUGUUGUCAUGUUCACUGGUGGUCGUUGGGCCUUGACAUCAUCCGUUUUCUUGCCACAAGCAGGAAGGAUCCCUUCCAAUGCUCUCACAGACAGUCAAGAUGAUGUUGGGAAUGACAUAGGAAACUAUUUCAAGCACUCCUUUCAUGGCUACAAAGGAUUCUCCACGAACUUUUCUGUUGCUUUUCUCAGUGACUUUAUGGAGAUAGGGACAGAUCGAGACUUGAGCUCCCCAGUUGGCUUUGCCUGGUACCACGCAAUAGCCAAAGAGAGAACAACAAAAAAUGAGAACCAAGGCAUCGGAAAUGAGAUUUCUACUGAGUUUCUUUGUCGUCUCUGUGACGAAUCUUCAAACCCGUGUCUUUAUGAUGGACAGUGCAAUGCUGGGGAAUGUGUUUGCUCCCUUGACUCCUUUGGGAGUCUAUGUGAAAUCCCUCCUGUGCGAAAUGGUCACUGUGACCCCUUUUUCAAUUUACCUGAAUUCAAAAUGGAUGGUGGUGAUUGCUGUGAGUCCAGUUGCGCGAGCACAUCCCAAUAUGUUUGUGGAGCUGAAGAGGAUGGCUACGUCAGCACGGGAUACUACUACUGUGAGCAACCAAAGAACAAGUGGCAAAGCAGUCUCUUGAAUGGAGCUGCUGGCUCUUUCUCUGGUUAUUCCAUGGAUCUUUCAAUGGGGUCGAUAGCUGUUUCUGAAAUUCUCCAGGACCGCGUGCGCAUCUAUGACAAGGUUGGGUCCUCCUGGGUUCUCAGAGACACUAUUAUUGGGGAUGCCGGCUCAAGAUUUGGGGCAGGAGUACUGGGCCUCUCUUCUGGACCCUUCAAUGUGGUCAGCAAUCCAAGCUUCAAAGCUCCCCUUACUGUUGCUGUCCAGGAUGCCUACCGACGUCUUCAAAUCUACAAAUGCAACUUUGAGGGUUGCACCCGUUCUCAAGAGUUCCCACUGGUUUUUGCAUUUGCAUUAUCUAAAGAUGGUACAGUUCUUGCAACGUCUUUGCUUGUUGCUGCUGGCGAGGCUCCCAAUGUGAUUCGAGUCUAUGAGGCCCAAGAGGGAUUAUUUGAGUUCCGAGCAGACUUGAAUGUUACAAGAAAUGGUUCCCUGGCUGAUGUCUCUUCCUUGUCAUUGAGUGGCGAUGGUAGCACGCUUGCUGUGCAGACACAGAUGAAGGAAUUCGAUACAAACCUGGGCUUUAGUGUGGCUACAAAUGAGUACAUUGUUGUCAUGGCAUGGAGUCGAAUUGUGGGUUCCUACAAUAUGGAGACUGAGAUCCGAUUUGAGUCUCAAUUGAACACACUGGGCUAUGAACUAUCAGUGGCAUUGAACCAAGACGGCACUGUUCUGGCUCAUGGCUUCCCGAAUUGCCAAGGUACUCAGCUUCAUGUUCAUGCACGAAACAAUGAUGGCAAUUGGAUUGCUCGGGCUGCCCCAGCAAUGAACACUACUGGUUGCAUUUACAACGAGCGCCCCGAGAAGAACAAUGCCUUGUCUCUCUCAGGUGAUGGAAUUACGGUUGCCUUCAGGGUUGGUACCAAGGUUAGAGUUCUUGUUUGGGAAUCCAAAACUGAAUCCUGGGAUGAUGUUAGUGAUCCUUUUCCUUCGACCCACUACCCAAUUGCCUUGUCUUCUAAUGGCAAGGAGCUGGCAAUUGGUGCUCCUGAAGAUGGCAUUGGUGGAGUCACAGCGGUGUACUCACUGCCAGGAAGAAAGGAGUGCCCCGCUGGCAUGUCUCUCCUACGGCUUUCACUGACCCUUGAUAGGCUCCCCGGAGAUGUUGUGUGGAAUCUUGUUAACAACAGCACAGGGGAGAUCCUGUUUGAGCAAGAAUCUUACCCACAAGAAUACACAUUCGCAACUAUCUUGGAGGAGACCUGUGUCCCAGCUGAUUCUUGCUAUGUCUUCACAAUUUACAGCAACGACAACCGUGGCUUGCUCGCCCCUGGACAGUAUGCAAUUUUUAUGGAUGGGGUGAAUGUAGCUCAGGGGACGUUUAGUGGUCUUUUUGGCAGAGAGGAGUUUGGAAGCUGUGCCUCUUGCCCAGAAGGUACAGAGCUGUUUAGCAUGAUGAUGUUGACAUGCGGGCCCAUGGAGUUGGUCCUGUUGAAGGUGAUUAAUCAAGGAGAAAGUGGCAUCGCACUCCAUGCAGAUAGCACACUUGACGGGGAUUACGAUGGAACUGUGUAUGAGACUUGUAAUGAACACCACAUGAGUGUUGACUGUGCGGCUCCUUUCUUUUCAAUUUCCUACAGUGGUUGUUUGGACACCACAGAAUGCUACGGGGUGCAGGUGAAGUCACAAUUCAAGCACACUGCAUACCUUGAGCUUGUACUUGGGAAGCAGAGAGUCAAUGCAAGACCAAAUGCGGUUUGUGGUGGGGAGACUUUUUUUGUUGGUCAGAAGGACAAGUGCCUGCAGGAAGAUUGGUUGAAUCGCAAGCUCCAAAUGUUUGCCAACUAAUGUGUGAUUCCCCCAUUGUUGGCAAGGCCUCUAAUGCAGUCCCAAAUGUGAUUGCUUGGUGAAAGGUACAAUGUAUACAUGAGCUUUACCUUGGCACCAUUGAGCUCUGUAGCAAACCCGCAUAUGCAGAAAGUGCUUGCGGCAAUGAAGGAGCCCGUAACUCUUGGCUCUCUCCGCUGGAAACACAGAGUCUCAAUACUGGGGAUUUUGUCACGGCUCUGUUUCGAGGACAAUGCAGUUGCAAACAGGGACGAGUGUAUACGUGUACCUUGCAAUGAAUUGAGGACAAUGCAAACCUGCGCUUUGUGAGAUCGUGAGUCUCUGAUUCGGAAACAAAGGCAUCGAAGCAAGGACGGAUAGAAACGUUCCAGCUUGUCCACUCUGAGUCGCAGUCUAUGGUGAACCUCUCUCAUGUGGUUCGAAGGAUGAACUCGUGACCUCGUGACCGACGACAGGUUAAUCAUGGUAUCCAAGACAGUAACCUUGGGCAAGCGGCCGGCAUGAGCAAUCGUGUCAUCGAUGACACUUUGAGCGAUAUGAAUGAUUCAAUCUACCGCUAGCGGCAACAUAUUCUACGACCACUUGUCCUCUAUUUCAUCACCUGCUGCGAAAGGAGGUGAGUAGGAUCCUUCCAGUUCAUCUCGCACUCCAACGAUGUGGGCUGGACAGUCCAUUGAAGAACGGAUACUCAAAUUGACAAGGCAACUUGCUGAGAAACAAUUGAGACAAUUUCAAGUUGGGCAUCAACCAAAUAUUGGCGCUCGGAGUGGUGCCCCCGCCCAACGACAAGGAAACCCAUCUAGAUACUGACAACGGCCCUGGCCGAGAACAACAACAAAGCUCACGUCAGAUUUCAGGAUUGCUGGUCCACACCACGCAUAGGGAACAACAUCAAAUCCGACGGCUGACGAUCUCUCUGUUCUUACACGUCACCGACUACUAUCGGGCUUGCACGCAGACGGAAUCACCUUAUACGAAGAUCCAGGCGG